CCGACCGUUUGACAGAUUUCGUUGAACCGACCUUCCCUUUCCAUAUACUCAGAUGCGCCGGGCGCAAAUGCGAAAACACUAGGGUUUCCCCGCUCCUCGCCGCGGCAAAUAUUUUGGAAAGCCCCCGGCGAGCGGGACGAGAGCUUACGGGGACACCACGUUUGCCCACCACUCCACCAGACGCUUCUCUGCAUCUUCUCACCCCUCCUCGAUGCCGCCGCCGGCGAGCGCAGUGGUGCCGGCCAUCGGGUCACGGAGACUCACGGUGCUGCGGGAGUUCCGCCCGCACGGGCUUGCCGCCGAGGAGGCCGACGGCGGGGGCCCCGAGGCGCGACCGCUGCAGGACUACGACUACUUCCUCUUCGACCCUUCCCUCGCUUCCUCCCCUGCCCCCGUCGCUGAAGACGAGGCUCCAUCUUCCUCCGGCGCCGACGGCGACCACGAGCUCUUCAUCCGCGGCAAUCGGAUUAUAUGGAGUACUGGUUCUCGAGUCCACAAGAGAUAUGCUUCUCCAAAUACAGUCAUAAUGGCCUGCUGGUGUAGGAUGGAUGCAAUCAGUGAUGCCCUUCUGUGUGUUCUUCAAGUUGACACUUUAUCUAUAUAUGAUGUAACUGGUGAGGUUGUUAGUAUUCCGCUACCGUAUGCUGUUUCAUCAAUAUGGUCUCUUCCUUUUGGUCUUCUACUUCAGAAAUCUACUGAUGGAGGACGUAUGGUAUCAUCCUCGAGUUCGCUGCUAAAUGCACGCGAUUUAACUCGCCCUAACAAGGAAUUUGGAUUGAAUUACAAUGUUUCAUGCCAAACCAGUACAGUAGAGGCAGCCAGUAAAUCUGACGGGGCCGUUAUUUCUUCUCAUCUCAUUUUGAAGCAUCCACUUGAAGAGCCUCAGGCCACAUAUUUUGAAGAAAGGGGCAGACUGAACGUGAUGAAAGAUUUUGAUGAAAAGACUUUAUGGACAAGUGAUAUAAUACCUCUAAUGGCAUCAUAUCAUAAAGGAAAGUAUCAGCAUUCUGUUUGGCAAAUUGAUGGUGCAACUUACCAGGAAGCAAUGGAUGAGAAUGCAAUGCUAUCAAUUCCUUUUGAUACUUCUCUGCAUAAGUUUGCAUUCCGUAAGAUAUGGCAGGGGAAAUGCUCCCAAUCUGCUGCUAGUAAGGUGUUCUUGGCAACUGAUAUUGAUGGGGUGCCAAUAAUAUGUUUUCUACUUCAUGAACAAAAAACACUGCUUGCUGUAAGGAUUCAAGUUGAUGUGACUAAUGAUGAAGUUUUUGGUGAUAUUAAACCUCACGUGAGUUGGAACAUUCCUGCAUUUGCUGCUGCACCAGUUGUCGUGACUCGCCCGAGAGCAUGGGUCGGAGUCCUUCCCUUUACGGAUAUCCUAAUUCUGACUCCUGAGAAUGACCUACUUCUUUACAUUGUGUUACCCAUCCAAGUCUUGUCAUCCAGCAACUGUUCAUCUAUUGAAGUAGUUCUUGACCCUGUUAUAUGUGAAGGUCAGUCUGGAAAGCAGUGCCUCUGCACAUACACUCUUCCUACUGAAUUUGGAAAUGGUAUCUUAGCAAAUUAUGAGCUAAAUUCUGAAGUUGCUGAAUUUUACUCCAAUCUGAAGAUCACUAGCAUAGCGGAUGCUGUUGAAGGUCGUGCAAAUGUAACAUGCAGCAAUGGCCUGAUGCUCAGAUGUUCAUUACGCAAAAAUCCUUCGUCUUCUUUGGUUAGUGACUGCAUAACUGCUAUGGCAGAGGGCUUGAAGAGUUGCUUUUACAGUCAUUUCGUUUCUCUUCUCUGGGGUGAUAAUGAUGCAGCUGGAAUGUGUUCAAGCUCUCACGUGGACUCUGAAUGGGGAUCUUUUGGCUAUGAAAUAUCAAAAGUUUGUGCAAAAUAUGGACAAACUUCGCAGUAUAAAUCAUCUAUAUCGUCUAGUACGGCUUGGGAAUUUCUGAUCAGCAGCAAAUACCAUGCCCAGUACCGCAAGCGAUCUCUGACCUCAGACAUGCCUAUGUCAUAUAGUACUAGCAGCACAGGUUCUCAUUCCUUCUUCCAAGAUGAACAUAAUUCAGAUGUUUCAUUCUAUGUCUUGUUUAUGAGAGAAACUUUAGACACAUUACAUGCCCUAUAUGAGAACCUGAAGCUGAACUCUUUGAGGAAGCAGGAUCUAGGAUCGCUUGCCUCCUUGUUGUGCAGGGUUGCUUCAUCGCUGGGUGAAAAUGGUUAUGUGGAUUAUUACUGCCGGGACUUUCCCCACAACUUGGUUGAAUUCCAUCCCCUAGCUUCUGCCACUGCUUUAAGAACUCCACCGUGUCUGUUUCGUUGGUUUGAAAAUUGUCUGUAUCAUGGUUGCGAUUUGUCAAACUUAGAUGACAUUCCUGCUCUAAUGCGCAAACAGAAAGGCUCUGCCGUGAGCUGGGGUAGGAAAGUGGUGUCGUUUUAUAGUUUGUUAUUAGGAGCAGAAAGGAAAGGAAAAAAUCUCUCUUCUGGUGUAUAUUGUGAAGUUGCCAGUGGUUCAGCAAGAAAUACUGAGGAGCUUACUGUUCUGGCUAUGGUUGCUGAAAAUUUUGGGCGUCAGCAAUUGGACUUGCUACCAAUUGGCGUAUCUCUCGUGCUCCGCCAUGCACUAGAUAAAUGUCGUGAGUCUCCUCCUGAUGACUGGCCUGCGACUGCUUAUGUUCUUGUUGGCAGGGAAGAUCUAGCUACAGCAAAGAUGGGUUCAGGGAGGAAAGAAAACGGGUUUUGGAACAAUGAUAAUUUGACAUCAAUUUCAGUCCCAUAUAUGCUGCAUUUGCAACCUGUGACUGUACCAACAACUGCAUCAGAUGUCCCUACAUCAGAGGUUUUAAAUUCUGAGGAUACUGAUGCUGUCUAUAGGUCUGUUGAGGAUGGCAUGGAGCACAUCUUCACCUCAUCAACACAACUACGAUAUGGUCAUGAUCUACGUUUGAACGAGGUUAGACGUCUCUUAUGCUCAGCAAGACCUGUGGCCAUACAAACAUCUACUAACCCUACUGCCUCUGAUCAAGACCUGCAACAGCAACAACUAUGGAAUUUUGCACAAAGGACAACGGCUUUACCCUUCGGGCGUGGUGCUUUUACUCUGGCUACAACAUACACUUUGCUGACUGAGGCUCUGGUCUUCCCAAAGCUUGUUUUGACUGGUCGAUUACCUGCACAGCAGAAUGCAACAGUUAAUCUUGACCUAAGCACUAGGAGUGUCUCAGAAUUCAAUUCUUGGGCUGAGUUUCAUAAUGGUGUAGCUGCUGGGCUGAGGCUUGCUCCUUUUCAGGAGAAAAUGUUGAGGACCUGGAUACAAUACAAUAGACCUUCUGAACCAAAUUUUACUCACGCCGGUCUGCUUUUAGCAUUUGGUAUGCAUGAGCAUCUACGAGUUUUAACAAUGACUGAUGCUUAUCGAUAUCUCUCCCAGGAUCAUGAUAUAACUAGACUUGGUUUGUUACUUGGUUUGGCAGCAUCUCAUAGGGGAACAAUGCACCCUGCAAUUUCAAAGAUGCUGUACUUUCACGUGCCCUCUCGUCAUCCAUCUUCUCCGCUAGAGUUGGAACUACCUACUCUUCUGCAGUCAGCAGCAGUAAUGGGAAUCGGACUUCUAUACGAAGGAUCAGCCCAUGCAUUAACAAUGAAGAUACUUCUGGGUGAGAUUGGCCGAAGAAGUGGUGGUGAUAAUGUGCUCGAAAGGGAAGGGUAUGCUGUUGCCGCAGGCUCUGCAUUAGGAUUUGUUGCCUUAGGUCGUGGAAGUGAUGCAUUUGGAUUCAUGGACACUUUUCUUGAUCGGCUCUUUCAGUACAUUGGCAAUAAAGAAGUCUACCAUGAAAAACACCUAAAUGCACCAACAGGGGCUGAUGAUCAAAGCGGCAACACUGGGCAGAUGAUGGAUGGAGCACAGAUAAAUGUUGAUGUUACUGCACCUGGAGCAAUAAUUGCUCUGGCGUUAAUAUUUCUGAAGGCAGAGUCGGAAGAAAUCGCCGCUAGACUCAGUGUUCCCGAUACUCACUUCGAUUUGCAGUAUGUGAGACCUGAUUUUGUUAUGCUUCGCAUUAUAGCCCGGAAUUUAAUAUUGUGGAGCCGAAUACAACCUUCUAAAGGUUGGAUUGAGUCUCAGAUUCCUGAAACUGUCAAGUUUGGUGUUUCAAAUAUGAGUGAAGAUGGGGCCGAUAGUGAUGAAUUUGAUGCUGAAGCCCUUUUUCAAGCUUAUGUUAAUAUUGUGACUGGAGCAUGCAUUGCACUUGGACUCAAGUAUGCAGGCAGCAGAAAUGGUGAUGCCCAAGAACUACUAUACAAUUAUACAGUCCAUUUUCUUAAUGAGAUUAAAAACAUAUCUGUUCAAACACCAAGUAUAUUGCCGAAGGGACUGCUGCGAUAUGUUGAUCGUGGAACUCUUGAACUCUGCUUGCAUCUUAUUGUUCUCUCUCUAUCUCUGGUAAUGGCAGGGUCUGGAAAUUUACAAACUUUCCGCUUGCUACGCUAUCUGAGGGCAAGAAGUUCUGCAGAAGGACAAGUAAAUUAUGGACUUCAAAUGGCCGUAAGCUUGGGUAUAGGGUUCUUAUUCCUUGGAGGUGGCACACACACAUUUUCAACUUCAAAUAGUGCAAUUGCUGCACUAUUGAUUACACUUUACCCGCGCUUGCCUGCUGGACCAAAUGACAAUCGCUGCCAUCUCCAGGCCUUCAGACACCUGUAUGUGAUAGCUACAGAACCUCGACGGCUUCAGACGGUUGAUGUUGACACAGGACUUCCGGUGUAUUGCCCACUUGAAGUAACAGUUGCUGAAACAGAGUAUUAUGACGAGACUAGUUACUGCGAGGUGACACCUUGUCUACUGCCAGAACGCUCAGUGUUGAAGAGUGUUAGAGUUUGUGGGCCUAGAUAUUGGCCUCAGGUUAUAAAGCUUACACCUGAAGACAAGCCAUGGUGGAGAUCUGGAGACAAGACCGAUCCAUUCAAUGGCGGAGUACUCUAUAUAAAGCGUAAAGUUGGAUCAUGCUCGUACUCAGAUGAUCCAAUUGGAUGCCAGUCUUUGCUUUCACGUGCAAUGCAUGAGGUUUGUGAUACACCAUCUGCAAGCUGCAUUGCUCAACUGAACAGUGCAAGUCGUAGUUCAUUUCGAGUCGAUCAGUUAGUUAGCACAUUUUCGGCCAACCCAAGCUUGAUAGCUUUUGCAAAACUGUGUUGUGAAUCAUGGAAGGAAAGAUAUAAUAGCAAUUUUCAAGAGUUUUGUUCUCAAGUACUGUAUGAAUGUAUGAGCAAAGAUAGGCCAGCACUUCUACAGGUAUAUAUCAGUUUUUACACGAUAAUUGAGUCAAUGUGGGAGCAUCUGAAGAUUGGACAUUUCCCUUUCUAUGACUCUCUUUUUCUUUCCAGCUUGAAGGUUGCCUUGGCCUAUAGUGGAGCAUUAGUUGAUGGUAGAAUUUCAAAUGGAGGCAUCAUUCAGACCACGUUCUUGGAAUCACUCAUGAAGCGUGUAGAUAACAUCUUUGCAGAAUUACCAAGCCUCAAGGCCAACUUGGUCAAUUACUUGGGCAGAGGCAAAUGGCCCGAUACUCAAAACGACAUGAUGCUCCUCUCUUGGUAUCUCCAGUGGUAUAGCAUUCCACCUCCCCAUGUUGUAGCAUCUGCAAUUGAAAAGAUAAAGCCAAGAGCACCUAAUCGUGUUUCCAUGCUACCACUGCUUCGCCUCCUGCUGCCAACCACACAUCUUGUUGGAUUGAUGGAGAUUGAGAAGCUUCAGAUGCCCAUGAGACCAUAGAACCUAUCACUGGGAAUGCAAAGAGCGUUGAUCAUAUUGCAUGGAGGUUUCUAUGCAGGCAUUGGUUUAUAGAUUGGUGCAGGCACAUCUGCCAUCAAGUGAAAAUGAAUUGAGCCUGAUUUUCGUUUUUCCGGUCUGGGUUGUGCCAAGUUAUGCGUCAAUUGUAAGGUUCCUGUAAUGAUACUAUAAAUUUUGAAAAGCCUUUGUCGCCAGAAAACGAAGGGAACGUAUUGUUCUAAUUGAGCAUAUUUCACCACCUUUUGUGAUUAGAAUGGAUACACUAUUUAACAUUCUAAUGGAAACAUCUGAAUCCUUUUUUUUUCUUCCAA